ACUCCAUAUUUGAAAUUUUAUGGAAUGGACAGGCGCGAUCAGUGUGUAGCCUAGUUGUUUAAAACACCAAAACUGGUGCCAAGGAGCGAGCAGUGCAAUCCUUGCGCUGUCUGAACCCGGUAGUGCAUAACUACCCCGGUCAGUCAGUGGCAACAUUAUGGCGUUUCACAUGUCAAAACUUACUCUACGAUUACCAAAAUCAAUCCGCUUUGGUUUGCGUCCAGUUAACGGAACUUCAACUAAGCAUUCCUGCAUUGACCUUAAAUUUACCAAUAUAACGAGCGCUGCGAACAGUCGGUCAUUGCACUCAGUUUUCCGUCGGGCAAGUGAGAGUUGGUCGGCAAAUUACCGACUUGUAAAACCCAAACAGAGCAAUUUCAGGUGGGCUGUGAGUACGGCCAAAAGGUUGGAGAACUUCUCAUCAGCGUCGCUGGCCUCAAAGUCAUUCCAUUUGAAGAGUGUCAGUACACCCAUUAGGAAUAGUUGGUCCCGUUCAUAUACGGUAGUCAGCGUCCUUGGGUUGUCCACCGGGGUUAUUGCGGCGUUGCACACCAGUGUUCUGCUUGCCAUGUCUGAAACGAUUGACCUGGACUCGGACAGGACCGCCUGGCAGGAGGCAAAGAGCGUACUCCUCUCUGCCAGUCAGGAGAAGAGGCGAGGACACUACAAGAUUGACUACCUGCCCUUGGAGAAAAUACCUGUCUGGGCUUCAAAAGGUACCUCAACUGCCCAGCCUCAUUAUAAAAGCAAUGAUGCCCUGAGACAGAAAAUCUCACUCUUUCGUGGAGACAUCACCAAGCUGGAGAUCGAUGCCAUAGUUAAUGCAGCAAACAAAUCAUUGCUGGGCGGAGGUGGAGUGGAUGGAGCCAUUCAUCGUGGGGCCGGACCACUGCUGAAGAAGGAAUGUGCCACUCUGGGAGGCUGUGAAACGGGGGAGGCCAAGAUCACUGGCGCCUACGGCCUGCCAGCUAAACAUGUGGUUCACACAGUGGGCCCCAUCGCCUACGGGGGAGUGGGUGACAAGGAGAGAAACGCCCUGCGAGACUGCUACCUCAACAGCCUCAAGACAGCUGUGCAGAACCAGCUGAGGACAGUGGCUUUCCCUUGCAUCUCCACUGGAGUCUAUGGGUAUCCACCCGAGGAUGCUGUGGAGGUGGCGUUGGCUACAGUGAGAGAGUACCUGGAUGAGCAUCAUGAACAGCUGGACCGGGUCAUCUUCUGCGUCUUCCUGAAGACGGACGAGGAUCUCUAUCAGCGCAAUCUCCCUCUGUAUUUCCCCCAGGCCGAGUCUGCUGGCCAGUCAGAGAGCCCACCUGGCGGACAGGAUCCUCUGUGAAAAGCAAGCUAUGAUUGCCUGUCACGGUUGCCGUGGAUACGCUACGCCACCCAUCAUGGUUUUGCCUGACCUCCUCCUCCUGCUCCCCCCCCACCCCCCACCCCCCAACCUCCAUCACCCUAUCUCUGCUCGCUUUUUUUUAAAUGUUUUUUUUUCUUUUCCCUCUGUAGAAAAAUCUGACAAACAUGUGUAAUUACUGUGGGUACUGCUGGGAAGUGCUUAGAGAUAGAGGGGCUUGGUCUGGGCACAACACCGCCCGGCACCUUCCUAAACAAGACGUGCUCGCAAAAUAACACGUAGGGUCAAUAACAGCAAUUAGGCUCACAGUGUCGAGUGUAGCACUUCAGGCUGUGGUUUUAAAGGAGAAUUGGUAAAAGUGAAGACCCAUUGAUUUAGUUUAUACAAUGUUAAGAUGAACAUUGUGCCUGUUUAUUAGGUAGGAAAUGUUAGCAUAGCCCUCACGGUAUUAGUGCAACUUGCGAUUUUCACCUUGACGUUGGUGUUAAUGAAGUGGAAACGAAACACUAAAAUAGGUGGAAUCUUUAUGUUGACUUUCACAUGCUUUUAACGAGUGUUACCUGAUGUGGUUCACACAAGGAGCCAGCACGGACAUUUCAUUAGAGCUGUUUUCUACUGACUAGCCUGUGUAAGUGCACAGUUUGUUUAAUUCAUGAGAUUAAUAUUCUAUCAUAUUCUUUAAGAGGGGUGAUGUAUUUUGAGUGGAUUUGAAGUGAUGUUUGUAAUAUUAAUAGCCAAAGAUGUGAUUUGUAUUCUCUAAUAUGUUUCUACUCCAGCUAAAUAAACAUUUGGCAACACGUAGAGAGGGGGGUGCCUUAUGGGCACGUAUAAGUUAUUGAACCUAUUAGACCGGAGGAAAUGGAGACAUUGCUUUGCCUCUGCCCAUGAUCUCGACGCUCACAAGCCUACAAUUAAAUAACUUUAAAUUUUUUCCUCUCCGCCAUUUCACUGUAUGUCUGCGGGCUUGAUGAAAGAGUCUCAUUAAAGUCAAUUCUUUUGGAAACCUAA